AUGUAUGAAAGUGCUCUUUACUUCCUCCAGUGGUGGCACCUCAUCAUCAUGAUGUCUUCUUUUGAAGAGGAGACCAAGGCUACAAGCCCUGAAAGAACAGAACAGGAGAAUUGGUGUGUCAUGAAAAGGGUAGCUGAGCUGCCCUUGGUCAGCUCUACUUAUGAGAUGGUUUCCGCUACUUACGCAUCUGCCAAGGAAUCCCAUCCAGCUAUCCAAGCAGUCUGUGAUAUGGCAGAGGUGAAAGUGAAGAUUAUUGCUGCUUCAGCUGCAAAUGGUGCACAGCCUCUUCUGGAUAAAUUUGAACCACAGAUUGCUGCAGCCAACAACAUUGCUUGUAAGGGUCUUGACAAGCUACAGGAGGUAGUAUCAGAUGCAAAAGGCUUUGUCUCAGAGUCCUUGUCACCAGUUUACACUACAGUCACUGUAGCAAAGGAUGCUGUGUCAAAUAUGGUGGACGUAGCCAAAGAGGCUGCCCAGGAGAGCUUGGAGAUGGCUAGGUCUGUGGUGAUGAGUAGAAUGAACACCAUGAUGGAAUCUAGACUGGGGCUCAUGGUGGCUGAAGGUUUUGACAACAUGAUAGAAAGAUCAGAUGACCUCAUAGACAACUACCUCCCAAUAACCGAUGCAGAGCUAGCUGCCCUGGCAGCCUCUGUGACGUUCGAUGAAUCUGAUGUCGCUCCCCUCGAAGUGCAGAAAGUGCAGCAGAGCUACUACGUGCGGCUGGGCUCCCUCACAGCCAAGCUCCGAACCCGAGCCUACCAGCACUCCCUGGAAAAGCUGCAGAAAGUCAAGCGAACUGCGCAGGACAUACUCUUCCACCUUGAACAAACGAUGUUUAUGAUUAAGUUUCUCAAGGGAAGACUUGAAUGGAAAGUUCUUCAUGGCCAGGAGGUGUUGUGGCAGAUGUGGCAACAGUGGAACAACAGUGAAUCAGAGGAGAACGAGACCAGUGCACCAAAUCAACAGGAGAUGGAAUCCCAGGCUCUCAACAUGUCCCAAAACGUUGCCCAGCAGAUGCAGGCUGUCUGCAAGAAUCUCCUGUCUAACAUGCAGGGCCUCCCUGAUGCUCUCAAAGAAAAGGUCCAGACAGCCCAUAGUGACAUGAAGGAGCUGCAGACUGCUCUCUCCGGUGUCAGAUCCGUUCAGGAUCUUCCUAGUGAUGUCCUGAAGCAGAGCCCGGAGAAGAUCGACAAGGCCCAGGAGGCUGUGCAUGAGGUCAUGGAGUAUGUGACGAAGAACACUCCCCUCAACUGGGUAGUUGGACCGUUCGCUCCUGCCGGAACCCUUCCAGUGGAGUUACCAGAAUCCGAAGAGGAGGCCAAGGUGGACACCUAA